AUGGCUCCCCUCAGCCCGUCUGUCGACGAGGCCAAAAAUGCGGCCUCAACGCUGCUACGGCAGGUCUAUCACCGUCGCCCGCGAUCCCCACGAGCCAAGUCGAUCGCCUUUCUCGCCCUUUCAAUCCUAUUCUUCCUAUACAUAGUCUCCUCUUCAUCAAGGCAACCAGAGCCCGAUUACUGGACUAAGUUCCCAUCGCGCCACCCUUUCCCUGAGCGCCCUGAAGAUGCGCAGGUCGUUCUUCCGCCAAAGUCAGACAUUUCAAUCAAUAAAGCCCUUCCGCACGACCUUGAGAAGCCCAAUCCGUACCUCCAUGUCCUCCUCUCCGUCCCGAAGACCCCCUUCGUCCCAUCGCAAACCCGCGGUGUCUGUCGCACAUUGACAUCCGCCAUGAUCUUGGGGUAUCCGCCUCCGACAUUACUUGGAUACGGAUACGAAAAUGCUCACAAGACCGAGUAUGAGCGCACAAUUGACCAGGUUACUCGAUUACGCAAUUACCUCAAGAACAGUAAGACCAUCAACGAUCACGAUUUUGUGUUGGUUGUAGAUGCUCUGGACGUAUUCUUCCAGCUGCCGCCUCAGAUUCUGGUUGAACGAUUCCAGGACAUCUUGCGCACGAGCAACAAGAAGUUACAGACGAAGUAUGGGUUCGCGGCCGUGCAGAACGCACCGGGGGCACCAGCGGAGACAGUGCAGAAAUACUCCCAGCGUGUUCUAUUUGGUGCCAUCCUCUCUGCCCCGGACGUAUAUGGAUGGAAGACAGACCAUUAUCAUGAUGGACAUUUGAACCGGCCUCGAUGGUUGAACCCAGGCACCGUGAUUGGCCAGGCUGCUGAUCUGAUAAUUAUCUACGAUGAAGUCCUGCGGUUGAUACAUCAGCAACAAGAAAAGAAUAGUGACUACCAGGCUCUCACGCAAAUGUUUGGACGCCAAGAAGUGGUGAGAGAGCUGGAACGUCGCCGAACCGCCAGCUGGCCCGUGGAAAUGUUCUUUAACCUCCUGGGUAUCGGUUAUGCAACCAACAUCUCGGGAAUCAGUGUGCGGUUGGAGACAGGACAUCGUUAUGAGUAUGGUAUUGGCGUGGACUACAAGUCCGAGCUAUUCUUCAACCAGAUCAUGGCCAAAGGCGAUGUUCAGUGGCUCAAGUAUAGCAACGUCACUAAAUCCGAACGCCUACAGAUGGAGAUGGCGGUUCCCCGCGAGUCUCGUCUUCUCCUUCCAGAUGAUAUCGCAGCCCUCCCGGGCCCAUUCAAUCAGACUCGUUUCGCCAAAGAGCUCACAACGCGUCCUGAAUGGAACGCUACCCUCGACAAAUUACCUAAUUCGGACACCCACUCCUGGCACACGGUGCCUCUGAUGACGAACGGCCACUCUGCUACCAUCCCAGUCCUCGCACACCUCAACGGCGACCCCAAAGUCCGUGAUACAUGGUGGGGGAACAUGUGGUUCUUCCCAUGGGCACGCGCCUUACUCCGGAGAUACGUCCGCUCCGCGCACGGCUUCGACGCUGCACAAUCCGCGCUUUUGGGUGGCCAGGACUGGUGGGAUAUGCGCGGCGGACGAGGCGGUAUCUGGACUGACGACGAGACAUGGAUCUCCUUUUCUGAGAUCUGUGAAGGCCAGGAGCGUGAUCUUUUCGAUGAUGACUUAGGUCUCUGGGCGAAGGAGAACGGUGAUCCGGAAGAACCAGUCUACAAUCAAUUUGGGAACUUGAUCUACGGGAUUGAGCCCAAGGAGGGUCAAUGA